AUGGAUUUUGCAAAAUUGAUGUCGGCGCAAAUCAAGAAAGGCAAGGAGAGUGCAUCACCUGCACCUUCGAGCGAGAAAAAGUAUCUUAAGCGCAGCGAGAUCGAGGCCCAAAGGCAAGCUGCUUAUCAGGCAGAACAAGAGGCCGAAGAGAGAGCGCGUCAAGAGCGAUUGCAGAAAAAACGAAAAGCAGACGAAGAAGAAACAGAGAGAGAAGCCGAGAGGCAGGAGAAGCGCAGACGGCUUGCUGAAGAAUCGAAGCGCAUAAGGGAGGAAGAAGAGGAGGCAGAAGAGAGGCAGAGAAGAAAGAGGCUAGGGCUGCCUGACUUGCCGCCCAAGCAGGCGGAUGGUGAAGAAGGCACGCCGGUGCCUGAAGCGGAGGAUAUACCAGAAGACGAGCUGGUCGAGAAGCUACGAACACUGAACGAACCUGUGCGACUGUUCGGCGAGACACACAAGCAGCGGCUGAAGCGCUACAAGAAGCGCAUAGGCGCAGACAAUCUAGCGGCGAUCAUGACGGAUGGUCCAAUACCCACCACACUCCAGCUCGUACCUGAGAAGGACAUGAAGGUCGAGUUUCCAAUUUCAAAGGACAGCGAAGCGCGGAAGUUUCUCUUCAGACAGCUGGCGAGCUACUUUACCAUGGUGCUCAGGGAAUGGGAGGUCACACUUGCAUUACGGGACGCAGAGGUCAAGGAGAGCUACCAGGGCAAACAAGCCUACGCUGCUAUGGUGCAGGCACGGGAGAAUAUGCGCCCACUAUUCAAGAAGCUGGAGAAGCUCGAUCUCCUCGACAGUAUCCUUGAGCCUGUUGUGGAGAUCGUGCAUGCAGCCCAAGAGCGUCGAUACGUUGAUGCAAACGACGGUUAUCUCAGAUUGAGUAUUGGUAAGGCUGCAUGGCCCAUUGGUGUUACCAUGGUUGGCAUCCACGAGCGAAGUGCACGAGAAAAGCUACACGAGAACGAGAACGCAGCACAUAUUUUGAGCGAUGAGAGUACGAGGAAGUACUUGCAGAGCGUCAAGAGAUGUCUGAGCUUUGCGCAAACCAGGUGGCCACCGACCGACCAGAUGCAGCUCAUGGGUUAG